UGUCUACAAGAGGUGGUUGCUCAGAGGCAUUUCCUUCCUGUAUCAAGUUUACACACAACAACCACUCAGCACAACUCUAACAAGACAUCAAUUGUACGAAGCAGUCGACAGAAGUAUGAAAGGUUGUAUCCACUGUUGCUCGUACAACCCGAUGGUUCCACAAUUAACAUUAGGUACAAAGAGCCCAAGAGGAUACUCAUGGUAAGCAUCCUUGAACUGAAAACAAAAAUUGGAUUGAUCAGUUUUUGCGGUGUCUGGCUUUUCAGGAAUACUACAUUUGAAUGCUAAUCAGAUUGUGAGACUGAUUGUGAGGAUUUUCUAUUGUAUCCCUUCUUCAGUUGCCUGUGGACAUCAGUACACUCUCAGAAGAAGAAAGGAAGAUCAAGAUGCGGAAGCGGGAUCCCAGGAAGGGAGCUGUUAAGCAGAGGACAGUGGAAUUCGAAGACGAUUUCAAAGCGGAUGAUUACAGCAAGUUUUGGAAGAAG